AUGGUUCUUGAGACUAUCUACGUGACCAGACAUGGUUUCCGCUCUAACUGGGUCGUCGACCCUGUCACUGGAACUUACACAAGCAAUCUUCCUACACCUACCGGAAUCGCAUCGGAUCCCGCACUGGCUGCCCAUGGCGUGGAUCAAUCAAAGGAACUGGCUGAGCACAUCUCCAAGCUGGAUCCUCCUGUCGACGUCAUCUACAGCUCUCCCUUCUAUCGCUGUUUGCAAACCUUAGCACCGACCGUCAGCAAGCUCAACAGUGACCGUUCCGAGGAUAAGAAGCUGCAAGUCCAUGUCGAAAAUGGAGUCGGCGAGUUCUACGGCCUUGCCCGCUUCGACCAUCCUUCACCUGCUACUCUGGAUGUUCUCCACAAGCACUUCCCCGGAGGUCUUGCUGAGGCCUACGUCCCCGUCAUUCGUCCCAGUGUCAACGGCGAAAGCCUGACAUCCCUUCACGACCGUAUUGCCUACGCCCUCUAUCACGUUAUUCAGAAGCUUGACCAGGACCCUGCUGGACCCAAGACUCUACUCAUCUGCACACAUGCGGCCAGCAUGAUCUGUAUUGGUCGUGCUUUGACUGGACGCAUGCCUGAAGACCCCAGCGAAGAGGACUUCAAGUGCUUCACCUGCUCGCUAUCAAAGUUUACCCGCCGCAACAUACCAGAGGCACCUACAGAGAAGCAACACAUCUGGACACUGGAUGAGCCCGAAAAGAUUCCCUUUGUCGACUGGAGAGGCAAGGGUAUCAAGGGCGGUUGGGAGUGCGAAGUCAACGGUGACUGUUCCUUCCUGGAGAAGGGCGAAGAGCGUGGCUGGUAUGUUAUCUUUCUUCCUUUUUUCUUUCCUCCCCUUUCUCUCACACAAAUGUCCUUCUACUUUUUUCCCAACAUCAAUACUUGCAAGGUUUGA